ACCACCAGCAUGAUGGACGCAACCAAGACGUACAAAUCCACCUCUCAGAUGGGUUUCUCCAUCGAGCUCGGCGUACUGGGCUACCUGUUAACGAAGGUGCCGCUGAAAACCACCGACGCCGAAACACUGGUGAACUCGAAGUGCGAUCGCUUUUUCCUCACCAGCAUGGACUCCCUGCCUUGCAAAGCCGACCUGAUUAAGAAGCGGGUGUUUCCUGAUGUCAACGUGGCGUUAGCGGAGACUGAUCAUUCGUACAUCUUUCUUUAUGAGGACGAGGAUUCGAUCAAAUACAAAGCGCAGAAACUCAAGGACCCAUCCGCGAAUCUGCGCGCCAACAUGGCCGUACUGCUUAUGGACGUCAACCUCGGCAACUUCGUCCGAGGCUGCAAAUUACGGAAUGACGACGCGUUCUGCAGAAUAUCGGUUGCCAAGUCGGAAUUCGGCGUCAAGUGACGGCGGGCCGAACAAACUUUCG